UUUUAACUGUGUUUGUGACUGUGUUUUUUCUGUCUGUAAUGUAUUAAUGUGCUUUAAAUGAACUACUUCUUCGCUUUUUAUCGUUAAAAAAACGAAUUAACCAUGGUUUUUACCACAGUAACCAUAGUAAAGGAUAUUUGUAAUAAUAGUUAGUAUAUAUGUAGUUAUAAACACGUUUCCCGUCGCUUACCACAGCCUAUGUUUUAACUGCAAUAGUUAACAUGUUUAAUUUUCAAUGUUGGACACUUAAAUGACGCUUAGAAACGAGUACAAGUAUCACAUUAUCAUGUUUAAUUUCAGAAAUCUGUGUUUAAAUCCAGCAGUUUUAGAUAAUGUAUUAUUAUGACAUUCUACAAUGAAUUUAAACAUAACGGCUAAACAUGCUUAUUUAUAUCUGAAAUUAAUAUAUUAUUAUCAGAAAAUGCAAUCAUUUUCUUAUUCUGUUAGUCAUUUUGAGUUUAAAUCAGUGUUAGAUCAUUAUAAAUGUGUCUUGCAAUAACAAUGUUGUGUUUGUCUUCAGAUGUUGACCAUGAGAGUGCAGAUGGAUGUGAACUGCUGUAAAUCAGUAGGAACGGAUCUGUCCAUGCUGGAUAUUGAGGAUUUCAUCACUGAAAUCUGUCAGCUGAAGAAAGAGGUGGCGUCACUGGAGGCAAAGCUGAGAGAAAGAGGAGACAAACCCGACAGAGAGGAUCUGGAGAAGGUUUCAGUGUGUGUGACUGAUGGGACAGAAGCUCAGGAUUCAGUCUGGAGAUCCAGAGACGCACAGGACUCAGAGCUCAACCUCACUUUACUGUGUUAUACUGACGCUCAGGAUCAUGGAUCCGCUGAUCAAACCUCUGACUGUAACGCUGGAGAACUGCAGAUGAAGAUGUGCUCCGUCAAACUGGAGGACUGCAGGAACCUGAUAGAGAGACAAGGAGAAGAAACUACAGCAGAGGAACAACAACAGAGUUUUAAGGAGGAGGAUGAAGAUGAAGUUGUUCAGAAUGAAGAUGAUGAUGAAGGAAAUGAUGUUGAGGAUGAGAAUAAUCGAAAUGAUGAUGACUUUAUUCCUUCAGAUGUGAAUGGUGGUUCAUCUGCUGAUGAGGAAACAACCUCGACAUCAAAAGAUCAGCUGAAGGUCAGGAGUUUCUCCUGCGAAACCUGUGGGAAAACAUUGAGCUCACAGGGACAUUUAGCGAGACAUGAGAGAACACACACAGAACAGAAAGACUUGACCUGCAAGAGAUGCAACAUCAGCUUUCCUACCUUAGAAGAGAAGAGACGUCAUUCAAAAGAGCACCGAGUGAAGAAGGAGUUUCACUGCGAACAGUGCGGGAAGGACUUUUUCACCACUGCAUCUAGUAUAAGAGCUCAUAUGAAGACACACGGUGACAAGACUUUCCACUGCAGCGAGUGCGACAAGUAUUUCAGCACCAAAGGGAAUCUUGAUGGUCAUAAGCAAAUCCACACGGGUGAAAGGCCGUACAAGUGCCCUCACUGCGAUAGAGGAUUCAUGAAUGGAUCCCAUCUGAAGAAGCAUGUGCGCGUUCACACCAACGAGAGGCCGUAUCAGUGCAGCGAAUGUGGGAAAACCUUCUCAAACUCAAGUUCUCUAAAGUCACACCAGAAAAUACACUCUGAGGAGAAACCAUAUCAGUGUUCACACUGCGAUAAACGAUUCCGUCACAAAUCUCAUUUGAUUUGCCAUGAGAGGACUCACACCGGAGAGAAACCGUACCUGUGCUCCUACUGCGGGAAGAGCUUCUUUAGACCGGCUCAAUUUGGACUUCAUCUGAGAGUUCACACUGGAGAAAAACCGUAUCACUGUAGCGUUUGUGGGAAGAGUUUCGGUAAACAUGGUACCUUCAAAAAUCACCAGCGGAUUCAUACAGGAGAAAGACCGUUCAAGUGUUCUCAGUGUGACAAGACGUUCGCUCGAUCGGACGUCCUGAAGACUCAUGAGCGAGUUCAUACAGGAGAGAAGCCUUACCGCUGCUCCAUCUGCGACGAGAGAUUCGCUUAUUUAGGUAGUUUUCAGACUCACCAGAAGAAACAUGCUAAAGAACAAACAGAAUCAUCAUACAAAGGAAGUGAAAUGACAUCAGAUGAUGAUGGUAACCUGUCAAUGAUGUUGACCAUGAGAGCACAGAUGGAUGUGAACUGCUGUAAAUCAGUAGGAACGGAUCUGUCCAUGCUGGAUAUUGAGGAUUUCAUCACUGAAAUCUGUCAGCUGAAGAAAGAGGUGGCGUCACUGGAGGCAAAGCUGAGAGAAAGAGGAGACAAACCCGACAGAGAGGAUCUGGAGAAGGUUUCAGUGUGUGUGACUGAUGGGACAGAAGCUCAGGAUUCAGUCUGGAGAUCCAGAGACACACAGGACUCAGAGCUCAACCUAACUUUACUGUGUUAUACUGACGCUCAGGAUCAUGGAUCCGCUGAUCAAACCUCUGACUGUAACGCUGGAGAACUGCAGAUGAAGAUGUGCUUCGUCAAACUGGAGGACUGCAGGAACCUGAUAGAGAGACGAGGAGAAGAAACCACAGCAGAGGAACAACAACAACAGAGCCAUGAGGAGGAGGAUGAAGAUGAUGUUCAGAAUGAGGAGGAUGAAGGAAAUGAUGUUGAGGAUAAAGAAAAUGAGGAUGAGAAUAAUCAAAGUGAUGAUGAUGAUUUUAUUCCUUCAGAUGUGAAUGGCGGUUCAUCUGCUGAUGAAGAAACAACCUCGACAUCAAAAGAUCAGCUGAAGGUCAGGAGUUUCUCCUGCGAAACCUGUGGGAAAACAUUGAGCUCACAGGGACAUUUAGCGAGACAUGAGAGAAAACACACAGAACAGAAAGAUUUGACAUGCAAGAGAUGCAACAUCAGCUUUCCUACCUUAGAAGAGAAGAGACUUCAUUCAAAAGAGCACCGAGUGAAGAAGGAGUUUCACUGCGAACAGUGCGGGAAGGACUUUUUCACCACUGCAUCUAGUAUAAGAGCUCAUAUGAAGACACACAGCGACAAGACUUUCCACUGCAGCGAGUGCGACAAGUAUUUCACCACCAAAGGGAAUCUUGAAAUUCAUAAGCGACUCCACACGGGUGAAAGGCCGUACAAGUGUCCUCACUGCGAUAGAGGAUUCACGAAUGGAUCCCAUCUGAAGAAGCAUGUGCGCGUUCACACCAACGAGAGGCCGUAUCAGUGCAGCGAAUGUGGGAAAACCUUCUCAAACUCAAGUUCUCUAAAGUCACACCAGAAAAUACACUCUGAGGAGAAACCAUAUCAGUGUUCACACUGCGAUAAACGAUUCCGUCACAAAUCUCAUUUGAUUUGCCAUGAGAGGACUCACACCGGAGAGAAACCGUACCUGUGCUCCUACUGCGGGAAGAGCUUCUUUAGCCCGGCUCAAUUUGGACUUCAUCUGAGAGUUCACACUGGAGAAAAACCGUAUCACUGUAGCGUUUGUGGGAAGAGUUUCGGUAAACAUGGUACCUUCAAAAAUCACCAGCGGAUUCAUACAGGAGAAAGACCGUUCAAGUGUUCUCAGUGUGACAAGACGUUUGCUCGAUCGGACGUCCUGAAGACUCAUGAGCGAGUUCAUACAGGAGAGAAGCCUUACCGCUGCUCCAUCUGCGACGAGAGAUUCGCUUAUUUAGGUAGUUUUCAGACUCACCAGAAGAAACACGCUAAAGAACAAACUGAAUCAUCAUAGUGUCUUUUCAUCAGUAAGUCUGGAUUAAAGACUCAUUGAGCUCAUCCUGAAACUGCACAUUGAGCUCUUUCUGCCAGUAGGAGGCAGUGUCACAUUGAGCUUGUGGAUUGAGAGAGUAAAGAUAGAUUGAACUAAAGUCUUGCUGCGUCCCAAUUCGCUUACUUAUACUACGCCCUAAAAGUAUGUGUACUCUUAUUGUGAAGAAAAAGUACAUACUUUUGAGGGUGUAGUUAAAGAGUAGGCAAGCUUUGGGACAACCUAUCGCGUCAGAUUUAACGGACAGCACUGUCGCGUGCUGCGUGCAUCCUGUCACCGUAAACUGUAAUCACCGUAAAAUGAUUUCCUACCAUUUCGGAGAGCACGUGUGAUGGGUUGUGGGCAAUAUCAGCCGUUAAAGUGUGCAUUGAUUACACUUCGGAUUCUGACCGGAAAUAGUUGACCUUCCAGGUAUCUUUGAAACACUAAUUUCUAUUCAACACACUACGAUUUGAGAUGUACUAAUUCUAUUUUCAAAUACUAUUUAGGACCGAUAGUAUGCGAAUUGGGACGCAGCGCCAGUAUAUGAAGUUGUGUUGGACAGACGUAGACCAAUGAUUGUAACUUGAACUAUUACUAUCCCAGCUAAUGUGUUUGACAUACGCGCUGUCACAGCAGCCACACACACACACACAAAAAACAAAUUAAUUUUGAUUCUCAAUAACAAUUUCUGUAGACGUCUACAAAAGUUUUAUUGAGAAUUUUAUUAAUAAUUUUAUUGAGGUUUAACUCUUGUUUCAUUUGAAGUCACCAUAACAGUGAUUAGUGUCUCUUAAUUCUUAUUAAAUGUAUAUCUUUUUGUAA